AUGUCGCGGAGUUCGGUACAUCCUGGGCGGCAGCAGCAACCAUCCAGAAUCUAUUUCGCGCUCGAGUUGCUCGUCGACAAGCUCUUGUGCGACGAGAAAUUGCACUACAACAUGCCGUUGCUAGAAGACUGCAGAGUAUUUGGCGUGGUCGACAAGCCAGAAGAGAAGCGUUGGUUUUAA